AUGGAAGCGAUGGAAGAGGUGGUCGAAGAGAGCAUAAGGAGUAUGGUCCAGAACCUCGUCACGCGUAGCGAGCAAGAGAAGCAUCAAUAUACUCAGAAAGUCGACUUUGCAAAGCUGCGAAGUGAGAUACAACUCGUGGAAAAGCAAGAUUUCUCGCUGCUCAAGACAGAGAACGAACGCCUAUUGGCCGACGUCGAGCGACUCAAGCAGAGGCUGCGCGAAGAGAUCACACGCACGCAGGCUGGUGUCAGACUCGACCUUAACCUCGAAAAGGGCAGGAUAAGAGACGAGUUGAGCAUACGCGAGCUCAAGAUCCGCGAAGUGGACACCCGUAUCGAGUCUGAGAUCUCUGCACUCAAGACGCAGAUGGAGUCCGUCAAGUUCAACAUCCUCCAGUACCUCGUCGGUAUCGCGACAGGUUCCGGAGCGCUCUUGCUCGCUUAUCUGCGCAUGUUCAAGGUUUGA